CGGAUAACAUAACCCUGUAAAACCAAACCACUAGGCUAAGGGAGGAGAGAAGAGAAGAGAAGAGAUAGAGGCGUGUUUGGGUGACAACAAUGGCGACUUCUUCGAUUUCAGCUGCUUUAUUUUCUCCUCUUACAAUUCGUAAUACAUCUUCUUCUUCAACCAAACUUGACUUUACCUCUCCUUCUCUCUUAAACCUCAGAAGAACCCUAACUCUUACUCAACAAUCAUCCACCUUCUCCAACUCCUCUAAUUUCACUACUUUUGCUGCUCCUGAAACUUUGGAGGCUGUCGAAACUUCCCCAGAUUCAUUUCAGGAUGGUUCUGAGACUUCCACUCUCAGCAUUGGUACUGACUCUGAUCAGAUGGCUCCAAAGCAGAAGAUAAGAAUUAAGCUGAGGUCCUACUGGGUCCCCUUGAUAGAAGACUCCUGCAAGCAGAUAAUGGAUGCUGCAAGGACGACAAAUGCAAAAACAAUGGGGCCUGUACCAUUACCAACAAAGAAGAGGAUAUAUUGUGUACUCAAAUCACCCCAUGUGCACAAGGAUGCCCGAUUCCACUUUGAAAUCCGAACUCAUCAGCGCCUUAUUGACAUAUUGUACCCAACUGCCCAGACAAUUGACUCGUUGAUGCAACUUGAUCUCCCUGCAGGUGUCGAUGUGGAAGUUAAGCUCUGAAGAUCUUGGGACCUGUAAAAAUUGCUAGAUUUCAGUGGUUGCAGAUGAAGAUCAAAAAGCCUGUCUCGAUGGAUUUUUUUGUGUUAAAAAUUUGCAGAAUUAAGUUAGCUUUGUUAAUUUUUCCAGCGUUUGUAAGCUUUAUUUUCCACCAAAAAAAUAUGCAAGCUGUAUAAUUGCUUAUAUUCCUGUAAAAACUGCUAGUUCAAUGAAAAUAGGGGAAGUGUUGCCACCAAAAGGUUCAGUUCAGAUGCACUUUGGUACAUUUUUCUGUACGAUAAGGGCUCCUGUUUGAAUAGUAGCUACUUGCUAAAGAAGUAUUUUUGCUACAUGGUCAA